AUGACGCGCGCCCAGCAGACCAUCUCCGUGCUCCUCCUCGUCUCCUCUCUCUAUCUCUCUCUUUACCUUGGCCUCAUUCCCCUGAACGAGACUGUCCAGGUUGAAAUCAUUCCUGUGCUUCCUUUUUGGGCCCUCAUCGUCUUUGGAUGUUACCUUCUCGGCCGACUCGGCCUCGCCAUCUUCACCUUUAACGACGUUCCCGAAGCCCACGCGGAGCUGCAGAAGGAGAUCGAACAGGCCAAGAUCGAGUUGCGUCAGGGUAAGGUCGAGGUUGACUAA